AUGAACAAGAACGAAGCUGCUUCGCCCCAGGCAGAUGACUACCCAAACUUCAACCUUGGCUCUUACCACCGACCCGUGGCCACAUCCUCCCCAGCCGCCCAGCGAUGGUUCGACCGCGGUCUACUUUGGUCCUAUUCCUUCAAUCACGGCGAAGUAGCACGAUUAUUUGAACGAGCAGUCGAAUGCGACCCCACCUGCGCACUAGCCUACUGGGGCAUUGCAUACGCCGUCGGACCGAACUACAAUAUAGCCUGGGGCUUCUUCGAUAUCCCCAGCCUCCUAGCCACCGUGCAAAAGGCAUGGGAUGCGCUCAAUGCGGCCCAAAAAUAUGCUACGCAUGCAUCCCCACUCUUCCACAUGUUGCUCAAAGCCAUCGCCACCCGGUUCCCAACCCCGGAUAACAUUCCCGCACCUACUGAGAUGAGACAGUACAAUCAGGCAUUUGCAGAUGCUAUGCGCGUCGUGUAUGAAGCCUACCCAGAGGAUAUCGACGUGGCAUCAUUGUACAUUGAGGCGCUUAUCUGCGUUAAUCCGCGCGAGCUGUGGUAUAUGAACACAGGUGAAGCCAGCAGCUCUCAUACUCUCGAAGCCAAAGCGGCAAUCGAUACAGCAAUGGCACGUCUAGAGGGUCGAGAGCAUCCUGCCCUGUGCCAUUUGUAUAUCCAUCUCAUGGAGAUGUCGGCUACGCCUGAGGUGGCCCUGCCUGCUGCAGACAGACUGCGUCGUAUGAUCCCGGAUGCGUCGCAUAUGGUGCACAUGCCUGCGCAUAUUGAUAUGGCUGUGGGUGACUAUCGCCGGGCAAUUAAUUCCAGUGACGAUGCUAUUGUAGGCGAUGAUAUGUUCUUCGCCACAUUGGAUGCAUCUCCGCUUUAUGUGGCCUAUCGAGUGCAUAACAUUGUCACGAAGCUGUACUGCGCUAUGAUGUCUGGUCGGUCGCGGGAGGCCAUGUUGGCUGCGGAUAAAUUGGACGAGGUGGUUGAUGCGAAAUUACUGGCUACUAAACCACCCCCAAUGGCAGACUGGACGGAGAGCUUUCUAGGCAGUCACGCGCACGUCCUGGUGCGGUUCGGUCGCUGGGAAGAAAUUCUACAGUUAGAACUACCAGCACCACAGGACCGAGCUUUAUACUGCUGCAAGACAGCUAACAUUCUAUACGCCAGGGGCCUCGCCUUCAGCGCCCUUGGACGUAUCCAGGAGGCAGAAGUCGCCCGGCAGCAGUUCGAGGAGGCGCGCAAGCGGGUGCCGAGAAUCCGGAUAAAUAAUUUGCCUGGGAAUAUUCGAUUAGCCUUUGCAACGCUGCGACGGGCGAUUGAGUUAGAAGAUGGCCUGGCGUACUGUGACCCGCCGGCGUGGAUGCAGCCCGUGCGGCAUGCCCUAGGUGGGUUGCUGCUGGAGCAGAAGCGGGUCCCCGAGGCGGAGCAGGUCUUCCGGGAGGACCUGGGCAUGGCGCAGGGGUUUCCGCGGCGUAAGGGCCGAUUGAAUAAUGUGUGGGGGUUGCAUGGACUGCAUGAGUGUCUGGUGGCUUCUGGGAAGAUGGAUGAGGCUCGUGUUGUCCAGGUGCAAUUGGAUAUUGCGUUGGGGUCGGCCGAUGUGCCUAUCUCGACUUCGUGUUAUUGUCGCUUGUCUGCGGUUAAUGGAAAGGGCUGCUGUGCUCGUCUUUGA